GGCUUCUCUGAGCCAAUGUUUCAGCGAAUGCAUGGCUGCUUUUCUUUUCAAGGUUUCACUUCUUGUCUCAGACAGCAGGAGAAAGAGACAAAAUAGCGAAUAAAAUUAAGUUCAGAUGCAACUUGGUUCAGACACGUGUUCAUUUGAGCCUCGUUUGACUGAGGAACUGUAAAUGCCAGAUUCAAAGCUCUUUUGUUCCUUGAAGUUUUGUUAGGCCACCUAUAUGUGAUAGAGCACUCCCUGGACUGAAGGAGAAGCACAAGAAUUGGGAAUUAUUUUUGUCUUUGAGGUAAGGUAACUUCACCAGCACUCACAGACUGUUUUUGUACCCACCAACUGGCCUCCUCCUCUUUCUUCCUCCUCCAUCUCCCUUCCAGUGCUAUAAGACUGUCGACAAAAGAGCACAGAGGCGUGAGAGCCGGCAUGAAUGGUCAUACGUCAAACCCUCCCAGUGGUUAUGGAGUCUACCCUUCUCAGAUGAAUGGCUACGGAUCUUCACCACCCUUUUCCCAGAUGGACAGAGAACAUAGUUCAAAGCCCAGUGCAAAGGCCCUUUAUGAGCAAAGGAAGCACUAUGCCCGAGACAGCGUCAGCAGUGUGUCAGAUGUGUCUCAGUACCGCGUGGAGCACCUGACCACCUUUGUGCUGGACCGGAAAGAUGCGAUGAUAACUGUCGAUGACGGAAUCAGAAAGCUGAAGUUGCUUGAUGCCAAGGGCAAAGUAUGGACUCAAGAUAUGAUUCUCCAAGUAGACGACCGAGCUGUGAGCCUGAUUGACUUAGAAUCCAAGAAUGAAUUGGAGAAUUUCCCCUUAAGCACAAUCCAGCAUUGCCAAGCUGUGGCGCAUUCAUGCAGCUAUGAUUCCAUUCUUGCCUUGGUGUGCAAAGAACCAACCCAGAGCAAGCCGGAUCUUCAUCUCUUCCAGUGUGAUGAGGUUAAGGCAAACCUAAUUAGUGAGGAUAUUGAGAGUGCAAUCAAUGACAGUAAAGGCGGGAAACAGAAGAAGCGGCCGGAGGCCCUGAGGAUGAUUGCCAAAGCAGAGCCUGGCAUCCCUCCUCCUCCCAGAGCUCCCGCCCCUGCACCACCAGGGACUGUCACACAGGUGGAUGUUAGAAGCAGAGUGGCAGCUUGGUCUGCCUGGGCAGCUGACCAGGGUGACUUUGAGAAGCCCCGGCAGUAUCAGGAGCAAGAGGAGACUCCUGAGAUGGUGGCAGCCCGGAUCGACAGGGAUGUGCAAAUCUUAAACCAUAUUUUGGAUGACAUUGAGUUUUUUAUCACAAAACUCCAAAAAGCAGCUGAAGCAUUUUCGGAGCUUUCUAAAAGGAAGAAAAGCAAGAAAAGUAAAAAGAAAGGACCUGGAGAGGGUGUGUUAACGCUGAGGGCAAAACCCCCACCUCCUGAUGAAUUUGUCGACUGUUUCCAGAAGUUUAAACAUGGAUUCAACCUUCUGGCCAAGCUCAAGUCUCACAUUCAGAACCCAAGUGCUUCGGAUCUGGUUCACUUCUUGUUUACUCCACUAAAUAUGGUGGUGCAGGCAACAGGCGGUCCUGAACUGGCCAGUUCGGUACUGAGCCCACUGUUGACGAAAGACACAGUUGAUUUUUUAAACUAUUCGGUCACUGCGGAUGAGCGGCAGCUGUGGAUGUCACUGGGCGACACUUGGCUGAAAGUCAGAGCAGAGUGGCCGAAAGAACAGUUCAUCCCACCAUACGUCCCGAGGUUCCGCAAUGGCUGGGAGCCCCCGAUGCUAAACUUCAUGGGUGUUCCUACAGAACAAGACAUGUACCAGCUGGCCGAGUCCGUGGCUAAUGUAGCAGAGCACCAGCGCAAACAGGACAGCAAGAGACUGCCCUCAGAGCAUUCCAGUGUGUCCAGCUAUUCUCCAUCUGAUGGCUAUGCAUUCAGUAACAGCAUGUACAACAGAGGACCGCAUCUGGACCAAGCAGAGGCCAUGGCUUUCAAGUCAAUGCCCAAUCGCCAUGCAGAUAGAAGUCAUGACUCAGUCAAAACACAAACUAAGAAAUAUGCCAAAUCCAAGUAUGACUUCAUGGCAAGGAACAGCAGUGAGCUCUCGGUCCUGAAGGACGAAGUUUUAGAGAUACUUGAUGAUAGGAAGCAAUGGUGGAAAGUUCGGAAUGCCAGUGGAGACUCUGGGUUUGUGCCAAAUAACAUUAUGGAUAUUGUGAGACCCCCGGAAUCCGGAGUGGGGCGUGCCGACCCCCCAUACACACACACCAUACAGAAGCAAAGGAUGGAGUAUGGUCCGAGCUCAGCUGAUACUCCUUCUGCCCCGUCACCGCCUCCCACACCAGCGCCUGUUCCGGUCCCCCUUCCACCUUCUGCACCAGCACCUGUUCCUGUGCCCAAGGUUCCAGCAAACGUCACCCGUCAAAACAGCAGCUCCAGCGACAGUGGGGGCAGCAUUGUGCGGGACAGCCAGAAGUACAAACAGCUCCCAGUGGACCGAAGGAAGUCUCAGAUGGAAGAGGUGCAGGACGAGCUCUUCCAGAGGCUCACCAUCGGCCGCAGCGCCGCGCAGAGGAAGUUCCACGUGCCACGGCAGAGCGUGCCGGUGAUCAAUAUCACUUACGACUCCACAGCAGAGGAAGUAAAGACCUGGCUGCAGACGAAAGGAUUUAACCCCGUGACUGUCAAUAGCCUUGGGGUGUUGAAUGGCGCACAACUCUUUUCUCUCAAUAAAGAUGAGCUGAGGUCUGUCUGCCCUGAAGGUGCCAGAGUCUUUAGCCAAAUCACCGUUCAGAAAGCUGCUUUGGAGGACAGCAACGGGAGCUCUGAGUUACAGGAAAUCAUGAGGAGACGUCAGGAGAAGAUCAGUGCGGCAGCCAGCGACUCGGGAGUGGAGUCUUUUGACGAGGGGAGCGGUCACUGACGCGGGGAACUCCAUUACUCUCGACAUUGUUGGACAUGCUUUGUUUGCAGAAGCCUUGAAGGGAAUGUCAAAUCCAUUGUCCUGAUAUAUGUAUAUUAUCGCCAUAAAAACAAAAACAAAAACAAAAAAAAAAACAGUGUAUACCUGAGCAAGCAGGGGACUUGCUGCUUCUACACCCAUCGUUUUGAUUAAAAGCCGAGACGUGGGCAGAUGAGGUUGGUUGGUCAGCAAGUAGAGGUACUUGCCACCAAGCCCGAUGACCUGAGUUCCAGUCCCUGGACCUACUUGGCAGAAGGAGAGAGCUAGGUUUUCCAAGUUGUCCUCUGACACAUACAUCAAUAAGCAAAUAACAAGGGUAAUUAAAAGAAUUUUAAUGGCAAUGUAAAUUAAAAAGAAAAGUAUUAAGCUGUUUUGACCUUGGGAAACAUUUUUUUCCACUUUCCUAAGGUGUGCUUCCCUUUUUUGCUCCAUUAAUUAUCUCAGCCUCAUUCGUGAUCUGUGUAGGGUUAUUGUGACUGUGGAGAAUGUAUUCACGGCCAUUGAUGACUAAGUCUACCUACUCAGCUCUCUGUGACUGAGGUGCCUGUCAUCCAGGGAAGAAGCUCAGUGAGACUACCCUCUGCUUACUUAAGAUCUCUCCUCUGACAUACCUAAUGGCAGCAUCCUUAGGUUUAUUUAAAGUUCUUAAUGCCAACAGUUUUAAAGAAAUCACAUGAGCUGUACAAUGUAGCCAGACCUUGAAUGUGCAAAUAGGAGACUAUAGUACGUUCUCAAGACGUUUUGCUCCUCGAAGCCCUAUCAGUUGUAAAGUCUUGCAUAGAUUGUACUUUGAUUUAGUUUAUAUUCUGCUUAUUAUAUAUACUGUGUAAUUAAAUAUGGGAAAGCACAGUGGGAAGUAAGUCACGAACACUCACAAUCAAUGAAACAAAGUAGCCCACGUUGGUGUUUAUUACAGUAUUUUGCUUAAUAAAAGCCUCAGUUAUAAAUAUUGAUAUAAGUAGUAAAAGGAUAUUGGGUCGUUUUAUGUGUUUUAUCUGUGUAACAAGGGACACUUAAUUUACAUGUACUUUAACCCCAUGAAAGAAUCUAGAUAGAGAGAAGAAAAAUAGCUAACAUUCAACAAAUAUUAUUUUUGGAAACACGAUUUUUGUCAUUAAAUGUAAUAUUAUUUCACAUAUAUAAAGAAGAUGUUAUGUAAGAAUGUUGUAUAUUUUAACAAAUCCAUUUAGAGAGAUUAUCUAGAUGCAUUAAUUUUUCAUAGUGCCUUUUUCACUUGAGUCAGCUGGAAAGAGUCUGCAAUAAGCAGUAUUGCUGUAUAUUAAUAAAUAGCUUCUAUCUCAUCAACA